UACGUAGCACUGCGCCGGCGCAAUGACGUCUCUGUGGGACGAACCAAUUGAAGGGAGGCAUGGGCGGGCUGUGGCGAACCAACUUCCGGUUCCGGUGAGCUCAAUGGUCUUCUAAGCGACGUGUCUCUCUGUCUUCUCCAACCGACUUCCCGCAGCACGUCAGUCAUGGACCAGGUAAUGCAGUUUGUUGAACCAAGUCGGCAGUUUGUCAAGGACUCAAUUCGGCUGGUUAAAAGAUGCACCAAACCCGAUAGAAAAGAGUUCCAGAAGAUUGCCAUGGCUACAGCCAUAGGAUUUGCUAUCAUGGGGUUCAUUGGCUUCUUUGUGAAACUGAUCCACAUUCCUAUUAACAACAUUAUCGUGGGUGGCUGAAUGCUUUCUCUUCUUGGGAACUGGUGAACAAGUGAGGUGUGAGAAGCUAUGAAGUAAAAAGUUGCUGAACACUUUGUGGGUUCUUUUUCCUUUCCUCCGCCCUAAAAGGUUUUCUUUCUGUUUCCAAAUUAAAAUAAUUUCAAAAUCAA